CAGCAGGGAGGAAGCAUGAACUUCACAGCCCUUUGCGCUGCUGUUGGAGGAUUUGAAACACAUAAAAGGGAAGCUGGUGAAAAGGCAAAAGAAGAACACUUGGAGAGUGUAAGAGCCCAGCAGAACCUAAGAUGUGCUGUUGUGAGAAUCCUCCCAAACAGAUCUCAGUUCUUUCCGUAUGAAUCAGUUACUCUGAGCUGUGUGGACAGUGAAAACUCUCCCGACUGGACGGUGAAGAGAAACACGGCCGGCAACGAAACGGCAGACUGGGGAAAGAGAAAUGGGUCGCAGCAUGUAAUAGAUGCCGUUUACCCGUUUGACAGCGGACGGUACUGGUGUGAGUUCAGAACCGGAGCAUGCAGCGAGGUCAUUAAUGUCACUGUGACAGAUGGCCCUGUGAUCCUGCAGAGUCCCGUCCUUCCUGUAGCCGAGGGGGACGCAGUGAUUCUUCGCUGCAUCCACAGCGACGCCUCUUCCUCCUCCAACUUCACCAAGUUUUACAAAAACGGCCUCCUGAUCGGGAGCAGCUCGACUGGGAGCAUUGCAGUCCGAGAUGUUUCCGAGUCUGAUGAGGGUCUCUACAAAUGCAGCAUCACUGGAGCAGGGGAAUCCCCAGAGAGCUGGCUGUCAGUCAGAGGAUGCGAGCUAGACUCCUUUCACUUUCAUCCCAUAUACGUGUUACUUCCUGUGGUUGCCGCCUGCCUCUUGUUUGUCUGUGGGAUGCUGCUGUGUCUCAGGAGGAAGGUCAGAGCAAUGGUGGGUGCUGACGUGUCCUACACUGACGUCACCUUCCCACACAGAGAGCUGCCGAAGACAAACGCAGAGACGACUUCAGAGCUACUGCUGUACUCAACAAUCAAUCCAGGAAGCUGCUGAAAGGAAACCGCCUGAUAUGAUCACAGUCACAUUCUUUGUUGGGUCUUUAUGUAUUUUAUGUGGUCAGUAAGUAAGUGUGUGGAUGGAGGGCUAAUGUAAAAACGAGUCUUUUUGUGUGAAAGUCCUUCACAUAUUCAAAAUUAUGUGAAAUGUUUCUCAUUUCCGUUUGUUUUAAAAUCAGAACAAAACAGGAAAUGUUUUGACUUAAAUCUCACAAAACAUCCUGCUUUACGUUAUCCUGCGUUUUACAUCCUGAGUUUUGAUAUUUUCUCAGUGGCAGAUCUUCCCAGUCAGACAUAAUAUUUUUUGCUACUUUUAUUUUUAAAUACAAUGUAACUUCCUGUGACAGAAAUGUUUUUGUCAAUGUCAAGUGGGAUUUCUACAGCUUCUAAGAGUAUUUGAAUGCAGCAUUAUGAUAAAUAAAGAUACGUUUUUAAGGUGAGGGUAAUAUUCAGUAACAGUUGUUUGGAGAGGACAUUGUGAUUUAGGAAACAGGUUAUAUUGAAAGAGGUUUGAAACCCAGGUGUCAUUUAAUUUCAAAUCCCAACCCCUACAAAUCAUCAACAUGACUGUUGAUAUGUUAAAUAAUUCUGCACAAAGUCCCUUAAGUGAAAGGUCAUCGACUUGUCAAACAAAAAAACAUACCUGUGGUUCAAUCAUCCAGAAACUCUCCGGUCUCCCGGCUCUGUGUCCUUUAUAUUUGGAGGCAGAAAAUACUGGACUCUUGUUGACCGUGUCGUAAACGUUCUGCUGUUUUUGAACGUCUGGCAGAUGGGUUUGUAUCUCCACCUUUCCGAGACGUUUCCUUCCUCCAAGAUCCCUGGACGUCGGGUGGAAUCUGAUGCAGAAAGAACUCCGUGAAUUCACCACUUCAGUUUCCACAGGAAUCACAGAGGAAAGGAUCAGAGCAGCGAAGGUCAUCAAGCUUUUCAAUGCCAGAAACUCCAUCAUCAGCUUGGAUUCCAGAGGCUGAGAAGUUUGAAGUUUGUUUUAUCGGUCCUGGUCGUUUCUUGGACAGAGUUCUUCUGGACUGAGUGCUGAGACGUUGGUUCUGGAGUCUGAUGGAGAAGAAACUCUUCCACCUUUGGGGGAAUCACGUCCCUCAGGGCUCAGACGAUUGAUGCCAUGAAAGCAAGUCUUCUAAAAGAACAAGCAAGUCACUAAGUAUUAAGUCACUGGAAAAAGUUUUAAGAUACGUUUAAAGAUAGGUAACACGUGCUCAAUAUAAGGUUAGAUGGUUGUGAUCACAUUAUUAUUGAUAAUAACUCAUUCAAAGUCACUACAACACUGCAAACAUAACGAAAACUGAGGAACAUCCUACCUCUUCCAAACGAAUGAGGCGAACUCGUCUUCACCUGAGACUCAGACGAUCAGUUGCACUGAAGAAAGACUCUUGUUUCUCCUCAGUGUUGGUCAGAACCAUUUCCUCUUUUCUUGUUUUACUCUGUGAAAUCAAAACCUAAAUGCACUUCACCUCAAAUUCGCUGAAUACGGUUUUGCACUUUUUGUGUUUUUGCAAACUCAAGUAGUCACAGGCUGAAGUUAUUCUUUAGCCAUGUAAAUUUACCUCUUUUUUUUUCUCUACAAGGAACGUGUGUAAUCGACUUUCUGAGGUAGGAUGUGUGUAAAAAUUAAAAGAGGAAACACUAACAAAUGACAGUCGACCUAUCAGUUGUCUUUAAGGUGGAGAGAAAAUUUUGAAAUAUACCUGUAGAAUUUUUUUUUUUAAAGGCUUUUGUGUCAGUACCAAGAAAAACACGAAGCAUUUAAAAAUAUGAAUUAUGACAAGUAAUACUUGAUGACCUCAUUUUGUGUUGGAUUGAGGACCAAGGAAUUUAUACUUUUCUGUCUUUUAAGAAAAAGUCAUGUUUAAUAUGAAUAUGUUGAAUAAAGUUAUGGCUGCUUAUUGGCAAUA